AUGAUGCUGAUGCUGGUGGUUGUGGACUCCCUGGAUGAGUAUCCAUGUGGAGGAGAACACACCCCCAACCCCAUCGCCAGCACCGUACCCCUCAAGGCCACGCCCACCAUCGUCAGGACCACCCAGCUCACCGCUGUCACCACGGCAACCGAGGCGGGGCACACCAUCGCUUUACUCGGGGACAAGAAGGGAGAGCUGCACAAGGUGUUGGUGAAGCCAGACCGUUCGGGCCAGUUGUACGGCACAGUAACUGUGGACCACGACAGUCCUGUCAAUGCUGACCUUCUAUUGGACAAGACUGGACAGCAUGUCUUUGUUCUCACCCACAGCAAGGUGACGAAGGUGCCAGUGUCUAUGUGCGAGCAGCAUUCAGACUGCCAGGCCUGCCUGUCAGACCGGGACCCUUACUGUGGCUGGUGUGUGCUGGAGGGCAGAUGCUCUCGUAAAAUGGAGUGCCAGCGCCACGCCCUGCCCAAUCACUGGCUGUGGAGCUACGAGGCGGCCAAUCGCUGUGUAACCGUGCAGAGCCUGAAGCCAGCCAACCAGAGCAGAGAUGAACAAACGCAGGUGUCUCUGACGGUGGCCCAGCUUCCGGUGCUUUCCAAGGAGGAGUCUCUCUCCUGCUCCUUUGGAAGCCUCCCGGCCCAGCCUGCCGUUGUCAGCGGCAACCAGAUCAACUGCCAGUCACCCACACCCACGCUCCUCCCUCCCAGUCCGCAGGGCCGAGAUCACAUGACCUUACGCGUGUCGCUGAUGUUUGGUCAGGUGACCAUCUCUCACACUGACAUGACCUUCUACGACUGCAAGGCUGUGGGACAGCUCAACACCACCUCCCCGUGCAUGGCGUGUGUGGCCAGUGGCUGGCCCUGUAACUGGUGCGCUCUGGACCAGCUGUGCACACACAACCAUACCUGCCCCACACAGCACAUCAUACACAAUUCUAUGGAGGGGCUGUCUGUGCGACGUGGCCCGGAGGCCUGUCCGUGUGUGUGGUCCCUCCGGGGGUCUCCUCUGGUGCCCAUGGGCUUCCCCACCCCGCUGGGCCUGCUGGCGAGGAACCUGGGACUGUUCCAGGAUGAACAGGACUACGUGUGUGUGGUGGUCGUAGAAGGGUUGGAGUUCAACCUGUCGGCCACUCUGGAGAAGAGCCAAGAUCCAAACACAUACAUCUUCACCUGCUCCCCUCACCAGUUCCAGUACCAAGUCAAACAGCUGGAGUACUCUGCCCCCAUCUUCCUGAGGAGGGGCUCCCUGCGUGUGGACUCCACCCCCAGCCUGAGACUGAAGCUGUACGACUGCUCUGCGGGCCAGUCCGACUGCAGCCAGUGCAGGGCGGUUCCACAGGAGUACGGCUGUGUGUGGUGUGGGGGGGCAGAGACUCCCAGCUGUGUCUACAACCUCUCCUGCAGCUCCGCCCCCACUCUGACCUGCCCACCACCGCAGAUCACACAGGUGCUGCCAUUGACAGGCCCUGUGGAGGGGGGUAUCCUAGUGACCAUCCAGGGCUCCAACCUGGGGGUCAAGUACCAGGAUGUGGAGGAGGGGGUCAGCGUGGCGGGGGUCCGCUGCGUCCCCCAGCACCAGGCGUACCUCAUCUCCACCAGGAUCGUGUGUGAGCUGCAGCCCAGCGCUCAGGAGAAAGGAGGCCCUGUCAUCGUCACCGUGGGACAGUCUGAGCCGGGCACGUCACUGCAGACCUUCACCUACCAGAACCCCCAGCUGAAGAACAUAGUCCCUGACAAAGGGCCGCUAGCAGGAGGAACCACAGUGACCGUGCAGGGGAGCCGAUUGCUGACGGGACAGACCAGCGACCUGAAGGCUUACGUGGGCCAGCAGCCCUGCAUUGUAGAGCAGGUGAAUGACACCCAGCUGGUGUGUCGCACCAGCCCUGCCAACCAGACCGGAGAGAGGGCGGUCAAGGUGAUGUUUGGAAAAGCCGAAAGGGCCGUGCCGAACGCAGUCUUCCGUUACCUUGACAACCCUGUCAUCAGUGACGCCACGCCCUCUGAAAGCUUUUAUGAGGGGGGGCGAGCGAUCAAGGUGACGGGGCAGAACUUGGAUGUGGUGCAGCAGCCAAUGAUAUUGGUGUGGGUGGAGCCAGUGGAGAACUUGCUGGUAAGGAGGAGAAAGAGAUUGGCUCAGCUGUCUGCCAAAAACCACCAGAUGAUGUUCAACAGCACCCUGCCAAAGAAACAAGAGCGCUGCAUCGUGGUGUCGUCAGAGGAGAUGACCUGCGUGACCCCUCGUAUCCCCGGCAACUUCAAGGUCCGGGGUCUGUGGUUCCAGCUGGACAACGUCUACGUGGACUUUGAGAGCAUCAAGGGGAGGCCGUUCACCUACUACCCCAACCCUGAGAUCUACAUCCUGAACACAGAGAGCCCAGACACACCCUACCGCUUCAAACCCGGGGGCGUCAUCGCUGUGGAGGGUAAGGACCUGACCAAGGCCAUGACCAGAGAGGAGGUGGUGGCCAGACUGGGAGACCAGGAGUGUGAGGUGAAGACCCUGGACAGCACACACCUCUACUGUGAACCACCAGAGAUUCAACCUUAUAGCCUGGACAACUCUGACCUGCCCAGGCUACGGGUGUUGAUGGGGAAGCUGGAUGUGGACCUGGGGAUGGUGCAGUACGACACCGACCCCCUCCUGCCUCCUGUCCCUCUGGCCGCCCAAGUGGGCCUCGCAGCCAGCGCUGCUGUGGUGGUCCUGGUGGUGCUGGUCAUCAUCCUCAUGUACAGGAGGAAGAGUAAGCAGGCUCUGAGAGACUACAAGAAGGUUCUGCUGCAGCUGGAGACUCUGGAGAUCAACGUGGGGGACCAGUGUAGGAAGGAGUUCACAGACCUGAUGACCGAGAUGAUGGACCUGAGCAGUGACGUGGGCGGCCCUGGCAUCCCUCUGCUGGACUACAAGACGUACGCAGAGCGCGUCUUCUUCCCGGGGCAGCGGGGGGCGCCGCUCAGCCAGCACCUGGACCUGCCGGAGUCCCGCAGGCAGACCGUGGAGCAGGGCCUGGCCCAGCUCAACAACCUGCUCAACAACAGACUCUUCCUCAUCCGGUUCAUCCACACCCUAGAGGCCCAGCAGAAUUUCUCCCAGAGGGACCGGGGCUACGUGGCCUCCCUUCUGACCAUGGCUCUGCACGACAAGCUGGAGUAUUUCACCGACGUCAUGAAGUGCCUGCUGGGAGAUCUGGUCCAGCAGUACGUGGUCAAGAACCCCAAACUCAUGCUGAGGAGAACCGAGACCGUGGUGGAGAAGAUGCUGACCAACUGGAUGUCCAUCUGUCUGUACUCCUUCCUCAAGGAGGUAGCAGGGGAGCCCCUGUACAUGCUGUACAGAGCCAUCAAGUACCAGGUGGACAAAGGUCCAGUGGACGCCGUGACGGGGAAGGCCAAACGCACCCUCAACGACAGCCACCUGCUGAGGGAGGACAUCGACUACUGCUCUGUGACCCUGACUGUGUUGGUUAAGAGUGGUGUGGAGGUGCAGCCGUGUCCAGUCAAGGUUCUGGACACAGACACCAUCACCCAGGUGAAGGACAAGAUCCUGGACCAGAUCUACCGAGGAGCCCCCUUCUCUCAGAGGCCUGCUGCAGACUCCCUGGACCUGGAAUGGCGGUCUGGGCAGGCAGGUCACCUCACGCUGUCCGACGAUGACGUCACAGCCAUUGUCCAGGGACGUUGGAAGAAAAUCAACACACUGCAGCACUACAAGGUGCCAGACGGGGCGACGGUGGCCUUGAUUCCCCGCUCCAGCUCCGUGGGGCUGGGAGUCAGUCAGGUCUAUCAGACCGGAGAGAAGACCCCCAUGCUGGAGGGGGGUGAGGAGGAGGAGGGACUCAGGCUGUGGCACCUGGUGAAGUCCAGCGAGGACCCAGACAUCCCUAAACACAGGAAGAGCAGCAUGAGAGAGAGGGAGAGGGCCAAGGCCAUCCCUGAGAUCUAUCUGACACGCCUGCUCUCUAUGAAGGGAACUCUGCAGAAGUUUGUGGACGAUGUGUUUGUGGCGAUCCUCAACACCAAGAGACCCCCGCCCAUCGCCGUGCGCUUCUUCUUCGAUUUCCUGGACGACAUGGCGGAGAAACACGGCAUAGACGACCCAGAGACCGUGCACAUCUGGAAGACCAACAGUCUGCCUCUGCGUUUCUGGGUGAACAUCUUGAAGAACCCACAGUUCGUGUUUGACGUCCAGGUGACGGACAGCGUGGAUGCCGUGCUCUCCGUCAUCGCUCAGACCUUCAUCGACUCCUGCACCACCUCUGAGCAUAAAGUGGGACGGGAUUCUCCUGUCAAUAAACUGUUGUACGCCAGGGAGAUCCCCAGAUACAAACAGCUAGUGGAGAGGUACUACAGUGACAUCCACAGCGCCGCGUCAGGCUGCUAUCAGGAGAUGAACUCCACCCUCACUGAGCUGUCUGGGAGCUUUGCCUCAGAGAUGAACAGUCUUGUAGCUUUGCACGAGCUCUACAAGUACAUCAACAAGUACUAUGACCAGAUCAUCAUGUCUUUGGAGGAGGAUGCAGCCGGCCAGAAGAUGCAGCUGGCCUACCGUCUGCAGCAGGUCGCCGCCCUGGUGGAGAACAAGGUCACAGACCUGUGACCCCCCCCCCUCUCCUCCAACCUUUGAUCCCUAACCAGUGGACUGUCUUUGACAGACAGAGGGAGGGCAGCUUCUAAGAGUGCUAGUCAUCUAACUACUCCAAACCUCUGCCUGUAGAACGACAUCAUCUCCGACUGGAUAAGCACACAACCAAACACUGGAGACCUCUUCAACCAAUCCUGUCUCUCUCUUUGCCUACCAAUCUGAACCCCUUCCUCUUGGCACUAGACAAUGGUGAUUGGCUGACCAUCCAGGGGAGCUGGAGGAGAAGUAUGUAGAGGAAUUCCCCCUCUGGCUUAAGGCCUAAGAUGGUCAGUUGAUCAGUGAUCGGUGAUCAGUUGUAAGAUUUGUGAAUAUAAAACAACCCAGGAGAACAUGUUCCUUUGAAAGUAUGUAUUUUGGGAAUGGGUGCAACUUUGGUGUGUGUUAGUGUGUAUGUCUAUAGUAUGUAUGCAUGCUUCUCUGAUGCCAUAUGUGAAAUGUGAAUUAAUCUAGGUUAGAUCAUUCGGCCUGGGCUGUCUUCUUUAUUCACAGGGCAAUAAGUGGAUGUGAGUGAAGUGAGCUUGACUGCAAUAACCUGAUGCUGCGGUAGAAACCAUAGAAGAAGAGUUGUAGGUCUAUGAUGGAGACAAUCUCGUCAGGUUGAGCAGUAGCAACACUGUCAUGGACUACAGGUCCCAGACCUCCUGGGGUCUUAUAGAUUUUCUGAAUCAACAAGCACCUAUAUCAUCCAAGCACUAUGAAAAUGUGCAUAGAACAGGUCAGGUGUGGAAAUAUCAGGAAAAACUGCUGAAAUGUUUCUUUAUAUAAUGAUUCCAUCUUUUGUCUCGUGUUUUUAUGGCAAAAAAACAUGUCUUGCUGUUGCAAAGUCCAUUACACAUAGUAUAUUUUGAUUUUUGUAUAGCUCUAAAGUGCCAAAGUGUUUACUGUGUAAAUCUGUCUGUCACAAAAUACUCUUAUGAUGCAUAACACCUAUCCACAUUUUUUGGUGUUUUAAUGUUCAACCAUUCUGGAAAGCUAGUUUUUAAAACCUUACUGGGUCUUAGGGAGUCUCCUUCUCCUUGAUUUAUAAUCAAACUAAACCAAACUAACAGUUGAUGUGUUUAGGCCAAAUAAUAGUUUUCUAACGGUAGCUUGCUUAGCAAUAAUAUUCUGAAACAAACAGGGAGGGGUGGGAGCUGAAUUCCAACAGGCAAUGUCAGGUGUCGUCAGAAGUGUGUGUGUGUGUGUGUGUAGGGGGAAUUGAAGAGUUCGACAGAUUUUGUAACUGAAAAAGGACAAACGGUGAUUUGAGAUCCAGUUGUGUUGAUUGAGGGUAAGGAAAGAUGUGGAAGAGACUGUAUAGAAACUAACUUAUUAAGUGUAAAUAGUUCUUGUUAUUUAUACCUAACAGCUACCAACCCAAUGUGCCUUCUUACUUGUUCUGAAUGACUACCACCAGGUGACAUGUUUGGGUGGGUCGCCAAAUCAAACUUCCCUGGCAGACUUAUUCAUAAGCACUGUAUUUUCUCUGACCAACAGCUGUUGACCUUGUACAGGUUGACAGACCAGGAAGGUGUUCAACAAGGUGUAGCAUAUGUUGGGCCCAGUCAUCUCUGAUCUCAAAGGCUCUGUCCUUAACCAGCCCUCUGAUUGGCUGGUUGGAUCCCCAUCAUAAUGUUACCACUGGUCCAAUCGAAUCAGAGUGUAUAGUGAAGCAUAGAGCUCUGGGGUUGAAACUUAAAUAACUAUCUCCUCCCUUUUUGGUAGCUGUCCCUUCUGGCCAGCAGCCUCAGUGCUGCUAUAGUUAAUAAACAUCCCACAACACAGCAAUUACUGAGUCUUAAGAGUUGUACAGUGUGACAUACUGUAGGCGUGAGAUUCAUAGAUGCCAACCAUGUCCUGUAUAUAGAGAUCCUUUUGAGCAUUAAUGAGGGGGGGAGGGGACGGUGUUGUAAAGUUUUGUGUAGUAGUUAUUGUGGAAUCGUUAUUAUCUUAACCUAUUGCUUUUACCCCAUAUCUGGCACUUUGUCUUCCUUUCUGGAGUUUCCUUUUAGUUUUCGAUCACCCCGUUUGUUUUAGGUGACAUCUACUGGAUUCUCCCUGACACUGUCCAGUAGUGAUACACCAUGUUGUCUUACUGACUGACGGACUGUGUAUGUUGAGCAAGGUUAAUGGAGAAGCCUGUUGUUACUGUACUCCUACCUGUGAACAUACUUUGUCUGUUCUAAGUAGCCCACCAGUCACCUUAUAAAAUACUGAAGAGAGAGAAUUAUUUGAAUUACAUAAGUAAUGCAUCAUCAGCAACAAUGUGUUGAUAAUAAGUCAUCAAAUUUAUUUAUUCAUGUAUUUAUAUCCUUGUAUCUGAUGACUCUUAAUCUGAUUCUACUGAGGCAGUAUUUUACACCUCAGGUUCAAUAAUAUUUCACCAGAGCUACCAUGCUAGUCUGAACUGCUAUGAAUGUUCGUCUACCUGUGUGUGUACGUAUGCAGCUUCUGUUUGUUAGCCUAUUUCUAAUAUUGUAUUUGGCCUGUAGUUAUUAGAGUACGUUUUGCAUGCGUGUGAUUUUGCUGUCUGAUUGUACAGUAGGCCUAUGUUUACGAACGGCUGUUUUUGAACGCUUUUUGAUCAGAGCACAUGCGUGUGGAGAGAGGAGACCACAGGAGCUCAUGCAGCAUGUGUGUGAGACCCACAUGAAACUGAAACUGCAGACAAACACAAGUCAAAACAAACACUUGGGACUGAAAAGUGUGAUUGACUGAUAGCUGUUCAGUGAAACUAAGCCCUUGUUUGUGUCGGGUCAGUUUCUUGUCUGACCCUGCAAUGCCACUUGUACAGUUUUGUAAUCCUUCUAUUCUGGGCUGGGUGAUCAACCAUGGAGAUUAAGAAUAGUGUUUAUUACCAUGGCAUUUGGCCCCAAGCCUUUGGUAAGUCAGAGCACAUCUUAUAUUCUAAUGGGAUGAUCUCUGUCGGAAAAACGAUAAAGAGAAAAUCAAUAGACAGAGUUACAGUAAACAAUGCUCAAAUGCAAAUGUAUUAAUUUUUAUACAAGGGAAUAAGUUGAUAGAGCAUUACAGUGGUUUGUAAGAUGGACAUUUGGGAGUUCUAAAGAGGGCUAGAAGCUAGCCGCACGUUUGAAAUAAGCUCUUUUCUAUCUGUAUUGUGUAUAGUUUGCUAACAAAUGUGUAUAUGUGCCUGUAAAUAUGUCAUUGGUUCUUCACUCUCUAAACUUUGAUGGAAUUGUUCUUUAUUGUUAAAGAUACUUUGGAGCAAAAAUGAGCAAUUAAUCAGUAUGAACAUUUGUAUGGGGAAAAUAAAGUUAUAAUUUUAACAUUG